CGCUACAGAUUUGAACUUCCAUUUAUAACAUAAGCAUGAAUAUAUUUGUUUUAAUGAAGUCUGUUUCACUGACGUGACCAAAUCGAUGUUUGUGCUGUAGGUGAAAGUUUAAAUUUAAAUAUAUUAAUAAUGAACGCAUUUUCGGACAGCUGGUCAGCUUAAACCGGUGGACGCACAUACCAUCAUGAUAUGUUCUUAACACUUGUGCCCGCCACCAGUAAGUGAGUUAAACGCGGAAUGCACGAACGCUUUUCCGCUAUGCUAUCAAAUCUAAAAUCAUUGAACUAUGGGCGUGUGUUCCUUGUGUUAAUCGUGCUUGUGUCUUUGGAAAUAUGCAUGCGCACAUUUGUGACCAACGGAACAUUCGAAACCAUUAAUUUCGCUCGUCAAGAACAGCAGAGUCAAAACAACUUGAAUUCAGAGGCGUGGGACAAUAAAUUUCUCAACGCAACCUCACAUCUAACCCUAAACACACGCGGACGUGACAUUCCAACAAUACCAAUUACCGGCAAAAAUAUAAGUGUGAAAACCUCGUUCGAAGAGACAAAAAGAAAGCUGGAUCAGAGGAAUCAGAUGCUGCGAGGAAACUGUUCUCUGAUCCGAAAUCUGAAGUCUCCAGUUGUGACGGCCAUUGACAUGCGGAGGAAUUACUUCAUCGAAGAAUAUGAUUUCUUUCUUUGUGUUUCUGCGAAGGGUGGCGCAACGACAUGGAAAACACACAUGCUACAGAUGAAAGGCUUACCGGGUCAGAACGUACAUAAGGGUUACAAUGAAAAACGUAUCAGAGCGGGGUCGGCCAGACUCGCCGACCGCAUUUCGGGGAAGGUGACCAGCGUGAUCUCGGUGCGCCACCCUCUGACUCGCCUCGUGUCGGCGUACGGCGACAAGUUUGGGGACGGAAAGGCGUUUGCUGGCGUACCCCGGUUCUUGCGCAUGGUUAGAUAUUUCACGAAUAGUUGGGGAAAACCAGUGACUUUCUAUCAAUUCCUUUCUUACGUCAUCUAUCAAGCGAGAGGACCUUCAAUGACAAAUAAUCACUGGCGACCAAUUUCCUGGAACUGUAAGCCUUGUACAGGGAACUUUGACUAUAUUAUCAAACUUGAGACUAUUGAUGAAGACUUGGCUUACCUUGUUACUGAUCUAGGAAUAAAAGAAAUUAACGUCCAACUGAAAUACAAUGUUAAAAACAGUAAGGCCAAAGUAAAGGGCUAUGAGAGUUACUUUAAAUCCUUACCUCCAGCCAUGCUUAAGGACAUCUACAAUAUUUACAAGUAUGACUUCAUUUUAUUUGAUUAUGUAGUACCACAGUUCAUGCUUGAUGCUGUUGCCUCCUGAUUCAGAGGAUGAUGCAGUGUUCACAGGCAAAAUGGGAAAUACAGAUAUUCAAAUAUUGGUACCAAACAAGUGAUAUUUGGUCUUUUGGGAGGUACCUUUACCCUGCAUAUGAGUUCAACAUACACUUGAUGUGACGAAAUAUAAGAAAAAAAUAUAUGUAAUAUAACAAAAUAUCUCACCAGAAAUGAGUAUCUCAGUGUACAAAAAUCAAAUAUAUUGACACACCAUUUUAAUUUUAAUUGUCUGAAUAAGUCUAAUGAUAUUGGUUAUCAUUGCAAAAGGAAUAAAUUGUAUGUAUUAAGUAGCUGUUUGAUAAUUAUGUUAUGUGGUAGUAAAUGACUUUGUAAUAUUUUCAAUGGAAUGUACAUUAUGUUGAAUUUGUCAGUUGGUGUAAACUUUGAAAAUAUAUAGCACAAUUAGUAAUUUUUCCUCUUCAUU